AUGUAUCAAGCGGCGCAAGGCGGCUACCCUCCGGGUGGCUACCCACAGGGCGGUUACCCUCAGGGCGGUUACCCUCAGGGUGGUUACCCCCCGGGCGCUUACCCGCCAGGGGGUUAUCCUCAGGGUGGCUUCCCCCAGGGCGGUUAUCCACCGGGCGGCUACCCACCGCCUCAGGCGGGGUACGGAGUCGCCGGAUAUGGUGAGCCAGCUGGAUAUCCGGCACCAGGCCAGGGCAGCCUCGGCGAGGAUGCGGACGUCAAGGGCUUCGAUUUCAACGAGCAGAGCAUACGGAAGGCGUUCGUACGAAAGGUUUACGCCAUCCUUAUGUGUCAGCUGUUGGUGACUAUGGCCUUCAUAACUCUGUUCGCUUACCACCGGCCCAUGCAAAUAUGGGUGCAGAAGAAUCCUUACAUGUUCUGGAUCGCAUUCGUGACGGUGCUGGUGUGCCUGGUGGUGAUGGCCUGCUGCGGCAACGUGCGUCGCCAGGCGCCCAUGAACUUCAUCUUCCUCGGCAUCUUCACCUUGGCCGAGAGCUUCCUGCUUGGCGUCACCAGCAGCGUCUACGAUAGCUCAGCGGUGAUGAUGGCGGUGGGCAUCACGGCUGCGAUCUGCCUCACUCUGACGCUGUUCGCGAUGCAGACCAAGUACGACUUCACGGGGAUGGGGGGCGCUCUGCUCUGCGCAACGGUCGUUCUGCUACUCUUUGGUCUCAUUGCGAUGUUCAUUCCCGGCAACAAAGUGGUGACUCUUGUGUACGCCUCCCUCGGCGCUUUGCUGUUCUCGCUGUACUUAGUGUACGAUACGCAGCUGAUGAUGGGCGGCAAGCACAAGUACAGCAUAUCGCCCGAGGAAGACGCCUUUAGACCAUCUGCUACCAAAAGAGGCGACGCGGUGGCUGCUUUCAUCGGAGAUUUUCCAAGAGCAUUUCUCCAACUCUUGUUUGUUGUUUUUAUUCAAUCGCCUCUAUUG